AUGGCAAACAGAAUGAAAGGUAUGUUGGAUAAGGUGAUAUCGUGGAACCAAAGUGCCUUCAUCCCCAAAAGGUUGAUAACUAACAACAUAAUGGUGGCUUAUGAGGUCCUUCACACAAUGCAAACUAAGCAAAAAGGAAGAGAAGGGUCCAUGGCAAUCAAGCUAAAUAUGUCUAAAGCCUAUGAUAAGGUUGAGUGGGAUUUUCUUGAGGCUGUGUUAUUAAGAUUGGGUUUUGGACAAAGAUGGACAGAAUUAUUGAUGAAAUGCAUUAAGUCUAUAUCAUACUCAGUUAUCAUAAAUGGAACCCUAGAAGAGACCAUUAUCGCCUCAAGAGGACUAAGACAAGGUGAUCCCUUGUCACCUUAUCUGUUCUUAAUAUUUGUUGAAGGACUUAGUGCUUUACUUCAUCAAGCUGAAAGGAGAGGGCUGAUAAAGGGAGUAGUUGUAACAAGGGGGGAACAAGAAUCAACCAUCUCCUAUUCACAGAUGACUGUGUUAUCUUCUGUAGGGCAAAACUAG